CUGCUCAGCCACGCCAUGUUCCCCCCACACUCCGAGGAUCAGGCCGCCAUUGUUGGUCUGAUGAAGCUGCUCAAGCAGCCCGCCUCCCAGACGGUGCGCAGCGAGUCCAUGACCUGGCUGGUGCCCGGCAACAGUUUGCCCAUCUGGAGUCGCAGACUGAGGCAUAAUCUCGAGGGUCGGCAGCGGCAUCAGAGCGGCACACGCUGGCGCGACUAUGACGUGGAGAUUGAGGAUCGUCUGUGGUCCAUCUGGGGUGGACUGCAUCCGCGUGCGCCCUGGUUCGAUAGCAAGGUGAGGGGUCGCCAGUCGCUCGGCUGCUACGUCGUGGCCUGCUGUGCGGCGAGCAUUUUCCGGCGUCUCGGUGACUGGACGAGCAAGCUGCUGGACGCCAUCGUCGUGAAUGGCGACAAGUAUUAUCGGGCCAGUGUGGAGUCCAGUCAGCGCUGGGAUCAGAACUUGAGUCUCGAUGACAUGUGUGUGCAGUGCGACUUCCAGGACAUUCGCUUCCUGGUGCAAAUGGAGCUGGUGGCCUUCGGGCAUGUGUACAGCGCACCGGCCAGCGCCUCGAUGAGUCUGCUGGAGGCGCUCAGCUUUUUUUUUACGCGCUUCCAGUGGGGCAUCCUCGAGUGCCAGGAGCGACGCUUUGCCUUUGGCUUUAGCUCCAGCCAUGACGGGGGCUACUUCCUCUACGACUGCUCCGAGUGGGAUAAGCCGAUCUUCCCGGAUGACAUGGGCGCCUCGUAUGUGCUGCGUGCCCGGCAGCUGCUGGUGCUGCUCUACUGCAUGGUCGUCACCCUCAAUGUGCGCUGCAAGAAGGUCGGCUUUCGGUUGUACAACGUGGACAUGGUGCGGGUUCCCAGCCGACUUCCCAGCAACCGCAAAAUGUUGCAGGCAUGCCAGUCGCAGUCGCCGUCGCCGUCGCAGCAUGCAACGCGUGCCGGCAGCGGGCGAGCGCCGCUCUGCCAAUUUGGGAGAGCAGCGAACGAGUUGGAGCGAAUUUGGAGCUGCUGCGUCCAGCAUUGGAGACCAUUGUAUUAG